AUGAAGUCAGUGUUAUGUUCCAAUGGGCUGUGGAUUGGAUUUGGUGCCGUAACUGAGCUAAUUAUACGUGAGACGGUAGACUACUGGGAAUCAUGGAUUGUGAUAUGUGGCCUUGAAGUGAUUUCCCCAAUGAAAAUUGGGACCCUAGCUCCCCUAGCAUUGAGACGCACUGUAGAGAAAUUUGGCAAAGAAUAUCCGGAUGUGCAAGAUAUGAUUAUUAACAAUACUUAUGUUGAUGACAUACUGUAUUCUACUGAUACUGUUGAGAAUGCAUUCAAGUUAAUACAGGAUGCGGAGAAGAUAUUGUGUCAGGGAAGUUUCAGAGUUAAACAUUGGAUUGUCAGUGGGCAUUAUGAAAGCAGCAAGGUCAAUGUGAUAAAAUCUGACCAUGAGAAGAUCUUAGGAUUGAAAUGGAACCCGUUGGAUGAUCAUUUUUUCUUCACCGUAAAACUUAAUUUUUCUUCAAGAAUAAGAAAGGUCAGAAGUGGUCCGAAUUUAAAUUCAGAUGAAAUUGAUGAUAAAUUUCCAGAACAUUUGACACGCAGAAUGAUAUUGAGUCAAAUUGCUUCCAUAUAUGAUCCAUUAGGGUUUGCUGUACCAGUAUUGCUCAAAGCGAAAAUUUUGAUGAGGCUCGUGAUUUCCAGAAGUGAAUCGAAAGAUGGCGGAAUCAAGUGGGAUGAUCCACUUGAUAUUUCCAUGGUUAAGGAAUGGAAGAUGUUUUUCAAGGAAUUGUAUGAGUUAGAGAGAUUGACUUUUAGAAGAUCCUUGAUACCAUCUAAUGUAGUUGGUAAACCAAGCCUAAUAAUAUUUUCGGAUGGUAGCAUGCAAGCAUACGGAGCUUGUGCAUAUGUGAGGUGGCAAACUGGUGAACAUGAAUUUGAGUCACAUCUGAUAGCAGCUAGAAAUAAGAUUGCACCAAUGAAGCAAAUGUCCAUUCCUAGGUUAGAACUAUGUGCAGCUCUUAUGGCUGCUAGACUAAGAGAAUCUAUAUUAAAGGAGUUUACAUGGAAGUUUGAGGCAAUUUACCACAUAGUUGACUCAUCAAUUGUAAGAUCACAAAUCCAAAAGGAGAGUCACGGAUUCAAUACCUUUGUUGCAGUACGCAUAGCAGAGAUACAAAUCAAGACCGACCCAAAGGAAUGGUGGUGGGUCGAUUCAACACAGAAUAUCGCAGACAUGACCUCUAGACCAUGCAAACCAGAGAAAAUUGGAAGAGAAUCUGACUGGCAAAAUGGACCCAAGUUUUUAACUUUACCAACUAAUAGAUGGCCCAUCAGGCAAACUUGUGAGGAUGAGUUAACUGACAGAAUUGGUAUUACCAUGACGGUUAAUAAUGCAAGUCAUGAGAAUUGUGGUAUACAAUUAAUGGAUGUUAAUAGGUAUAGUGACUACUACAAAUUGCUGAGAGUUACAUGUAGGGUAAUGAAUGUAUUCAAAUACAAGUCUUUCAAAGGCAUUCUAAGAACCCCCACAGUUCAAGGGAUUACAGAUGCAGAAAUAUUAUGGGUCAAGGAAAUGCAAAAGAGCAUGACUGAUUGGGAAACAAGGUUCAAAAGAUUGGGACAUCAGUUGAAAGGGGAAUAA